ACUUUGAGACUCAUGAGUUAUUUAAAUAAUGUCUGCUUUAUAAAUUCAUCUUUUAUUGGGCUAAUAUUCAAAAUGCGUAUGCACAAUGUGUCACGUAACCUUGUUUACCAGCCGAUCACAUGACAGUGGAGAAAAUAUUGCUCCUUCCAGUCGAGCUUCACCUAUCGCGGAAAUCCCAAAGCAGCUCUCUGUAAGAUACUAGUACGUAGUGCUGUCUCCAUGGAGGAGUGAAAAUGUCUCCUUUUCCCGAAGAAGUUGACGUGUUCACAGGCCCACACUGGCGGAUGAAACAGCUGGUCGGUCUUUACUGUGAGAAGCUGUCGAAGACCAACUUUUCAAACAACAAUGACUUCCGAUCAUUUCUGCGGUCUCUGUGUGCCACAUUCAAGGAAUUCAAGAUGCACGAGCAAAUUGAAAACGAAUAUAUUAUUGGGUUGCUGCAGCAGCGCAGCAGAACUAUUUAUAACGUGCAUUCUGACAACAAGCUCUCCGAAAUGCUCAGUCUCUUUGAAAAGGGACUCAAGAAUGUUAAGAAUGAGUAUGAACAGCUUAACUAUGCACAGCAGUUGAAGGAGAGGCUGGAAGCGUUUACUCAGGAUUUUCUGCCUCAUAUGAGAGAGGAGGAAGAGGUGUUCCAGCCGAUGCUGAUGGAGUAUUUUACCUAUGAAGAGCUGAAGGAUAUCAAGAAGAAGGUGAUUGCUCAGCAUAGUUCACAGAGGCGCAGGGACACAGUGGAGCUGUUAAAGGGGCUAAGCCUGUGGAAUCAAGCUGAGGAACUUCACAAAGCCUUCAAGUACUCUGCGGAUGAGAAAGUGGAUGAAGGCUUUGAGAAGGACACAAAAUCUGUUUCUAUUUCCCACCUUCCUCCUGAGAUGAUUCUGAAGGUGUUCAGAUAUCUCAGCCCAGUGGAGCUGUGUCGCUGUAGCCAGGUCUGUACAGAUUGGUCAGUACUCGCUAAAACUGGAUCUCUGUGGAAGCAUCUCCAUCCUGUUCGCUGGGCUAGAGGUGAUUAUUAUAGCCGUCCACCUGGUGAGCUGGACCUGGAGCCUGAAGACUGGGUGAAAAAUCGAGAGGAUGAGAGCAAAGCCCAUCAGGAAUGGGAUGAAGAUGCAGAUAUUGAUGAAUCUGAGGAGGCUGCAGAAGAUUCCCCAGCUAUUAACAUUGCACAGAGAGAAAAACACCUGCUUAAUGGGAUGAUUAAAAAUCUGCUUCCAGUGGUCGGACCAUCCGUGAAAUCUCUCAUCCUAGCAUACAGCUCUGCUGUCUCCAGCAAAAUGAUACGGCAAAUGCUUAAACUUUGUCCAAACUUAACACACUUAGAUCUCACCCAGACAGACAUUACUGACUCCGCCUUUGACAGCUGGUCGACAGUUGGGAGCUGCCAGGCGCUGGAACACCUGGACCUGUCUGGCUGUGAGAAGAUCACAGAUGUGGCAUUGCAGAAACUGUCCAAGGCUCUUGGAGAUCUCACAACGACAGACAGCAAAGAAGAAAUUUCAAAGAACUGUCAAAACAAGUGUGCAAAGAUCUUAAAAGGACACCAGCAGAUCAGCCUGCAGCCCAGCAAUGACUGCAGUCUCCGUGUGCGUGGUCGUCAGACACUGAUCUUCAGAGGCCAAUCCGGAAGUGCAGUGAGCAGGUCCUCACGGGUCUGGAUGAUAAACCCAGCAGACUUGGUCGAUAUUGAGGAUGCGGCUGAGUGGAAGCAGAAAAGCAAUGAUGGUCUUCGUUUUGUAGAGGCUCCACCAGCAAGUAACACUUCCAGCUUAACCUCUUGUUGUUGCAGAAAGAACAAUCCUGGCUUAAGGACUAGUGCCUGUAGACAGCAGUUUACCUCUCUUUCUUCUGCAUUGUGUGGCCAUUCAUUCUGCUGUUCCGAAACUGCACUAAGGACUAUUGGAACACUCCCAGAAUCCUCUGCGCUGUGCAAUAAAGUGUUAAGGACUAGACAGACAGAGGAGAAGGACAUGGCUUGUUCUGGGAGUGAAAAAAGGACAGAGCAGCCUGGAGCCAGACGAGCUCUGACAUUUCUGAGUUUGUCUGGAUGUUAUCAGAUCACAGAUCUUGGGCUAAGGGCCCUCUCCUUGUAUGGCGAUCUCCCUCGUUUGGAACACCUCAAUCUUUCGGGCUGUCUGUUCGUUACUGAAGUUGGACUACAGGAGUUGGUCUCUGCUUGCCCCGCUCUAAAUGAUGAGCAGUUCUAUUAUUGCGACAACAUUAACGGUCCCCAUGCUGAUACUGCCAGUGGAUGUCAGAACCUGCAGUGUGGUUUUAGAGCCUGCUGUCGUUCUGGGGAAUGACGUCAUCCCUACCCUUUCUGUAUGCUUCUCGUAGCUGUACAGGCUUUACUACAUGCACUUUACACUAGGAAUAACAUUUGAUGUCUUUCAUUCCUUCAAAUGUAUCGUAUUGGGAUUGGGAUAGCUUUUGUUCUGAAAAUACCAUUUUGUUAAAGAUGUGUUGUCUCACCAUCUCAAUUUGCUUUAAUUAGAUAAGGAAAAUUAUAUAUAAGUAAAGGUUGCUGUGUUAAUAUUUUGAACAUGGUUGUUACUGUUGUUGAAAAAUAAGGGACCUUUUGCUAUAUAAUUACAAUUUCUACCGACACUCAACUGCAGAAUUUGUUGACCUGAGAGUUUUUUUUUUUUUUUUUUGUUGCUGUUUUUGUUUUAUUUACAACUGUAGUCUCCAAUGGGAUGAUAUUUUCAGUGCUUUGUAACUUGCAUGUACGUUGAGAACAUUUGAAAAAAAUCGAAGCAGAUUAGUACCUAUACUUAACUAUGAAUGUUUUACCCAUGUUUUUAAAAGUAACCCCUUUUUAAUGUAACUUUUUUUUUACAAUAACUGUUUUGCUUAAAUCAAAUGCAUUUACCCAUCUUUGAGGUAAAACUCAUGAUUUCCAGUGUUUCUGGUAACGUUUGAAAAGGAUGAACCCCAAAUAAUAAUGUCAAAACCUACAUGCAAAUGUAUAGUUCAAAUGCUUUAUAAUUUGGUUUUAAAUACAUGCCC